UCUUCCCCCCUGGGUCAGCUUUUUAUCCAAAGCUCACUGAAGGUUGUGGUUUCUCUCUCCGGUGUUUCUUACUGGUGUCUUUCGCCAGACCAUUCUCGCCCGACCGUUCGCAUCGCUCCGAGUUGAAACCUCGGUCCUUCAAAUCCUUGAGAUUUCCUGGCGAGUCCUUCGAUUCUUCAUCACCUUCCUCCCUCACUUAUGGAAUCCAUGCCUUUCAUUGCCCCGACCCCGUUGUGCAAGAGACUCAGAAUCCAGAAGUUGCAGAUUCUCCAACCCCAGAUGGAAAACGUGGUUCUUCAUCAAAAAGCUACAUCUGGGUCAAUCCCAGUAGCCCUAGAGCUUCACAGCUUCGACGGAAAUCUUACGAUGCCAGGUAUACCAAACUAGUGAGGUUAGCUGAAGCUUUGAAUUCUUGUAAUUCCACUGAAGAUGAUGUUGCGAAUGUUUUGGAGGAUUUAGGUGAUAGAAUAGUAGAACAAGAUGCUGUGGUUGUUCUCAAUAAUAUGGUUAAUCCUAAAAAUGCAUUGCUUGCUCUCAAGUUCUUUCAAAGUAAAUUGAAACCUAAGAGGGAAGUAAUUCUUUACAACGUAACGUUGAAGGUGUUUAGGAAAUGUAAGGACUUGGAUAGAGCAGAGAAGCUGUUUGAUGAAAUGCUUGAGAGAGGUGUUAAACCUGAUAAUGUUACCUUUUCAACUAUGAUUAGCUAUGCUAGGAUGUCAUCUUUCCUUGAUAAGGCUGUUGAGUGGUUUGAGAAAAUGCCCACUUUUGGAUGUGAUCCAGAUGAUGUUACCUACUCGGCAAUGAUUGAUGCUUAUGGUCGUGCUGGUAAUGUUGAUAUGGCUUUCAGCUUGUAUGAUCGUGCUAGAACAGAGAAAUGGCGCAUUGAUCCGAUGACAUUCUCUACUUUGAUUAAAAUUCAUGGGCAGUCAGGGAAUUUCGAUGGGUGUUUGAAUGUCUAUGAGGAGAUGAAGGCUAUAGGGGCCAACAUUAUUUUUGUACUGUCCACUGUCAGAAAAUUUCAUGUUUGGCAUGUAAGAAAAACACCAAAAAACACCAUGAUUUUCAUGUGUCUAUAUUGUUGCAUAAUACUCCAAAGAAGCCCUUCCUUUCUUUCAUAUGCAUGCUAUAUAUAUAUAUUAAAAAUAUAAUCACAAAAUAGUCCUAUCCAGUCCGAUUCGGCACCAAACAUGGUACAAUUAAUUCAUCAUUCAGUCUGGAACUAUGCCAAACAUAGUACUGCACUAAUUAUCCUGUCCGAUCCUAUCCGAUCCGGAUCUAUCCGACAUACCAAACGCCCCCUUGUAUCCACACACACACACACUAGCCGUAGCAGUUCUUUUACCACUUUCUUUGGGAUAAACAUCCACCAUGGGUUAGGCCAAGUGGAGUUUUAUUCGCCUUAGGAGAGAAAGAUUGGUGGUCUUCUGCCAUAAUGUCAUUGCUUGCAGAACGGGGAUUCACCAAAUACAGAUUCCA